AUAUAACAUGUUCGGAAGCAAUCUCGUCAAGAGAGGGGUCUCAAGAUUUACCUCAUUUACCAAGAGAUUCUAUGCGAAAGGAGAGGAACCAAAUGUGUUCUUGAACAAGCACACAAAGGUUAUCUGCCAGGGAAUCACUGGAAAACACGGGACAUUCCAUACCCAAGGAGCUCUUGACUAUGGUACCAACAUGGUAGGAGGAGUCAAUCCAAGAAAAGCAGGUACUGAACACCUCGGACUCCCUAUUUUUGGAAGUGUAGCAGAAGCUAAGAAAGAAACUGGAUGUCAUGCAUCGGCCAUAUACGUCCCACCUCCGUUCGCAGCUGACGCAAUCUUAGAAGCAGUAGAAGCUGAACUGGAUCUAGUAGUUUGUAUUACUGAAGGUAUCCCUCAGCACGAUAUGUUGAGAGUUAAGCAGAUUAUGAAGACCCAAUCCAAGACCAGACUUAUCGGACCAAACUGCCCAGGUAUUAUCAAGCCAGGAGAGAGCAAGAUCGGAAUCAUGCCUGGUUAUAUCCACACUCCAGGAUGCAUCGGUAUUGUAUCCAGAUCAGGAACAUUAACAUAUGAGGCUGUUGACCAGACUACUAAAUUUGGACUUGGACAAUCUACUUGUGUUGGUAUUGGUGGUGAUCCUUUCAACGGAACCAACUUCAUCGACUGCUUAGAGAAAUUCGUUAAAGAUCCAGAGACCAAGGGUAUCCUCAUGAUUGGAGAAAUCGGAGGAAGUGCUGAAGAAGAAGCAGCUGAAUGGUUAACAGAUCAUAACACAGAAAACAAGCCUAUUGUUACCUUCAUUGCCGGUAAGACUGCACCACCUGGAAAGAGAAUGGGUCAUGCUGGAGCCAUCAUCUCUGGAGGAAAAGGAACUGCUGAGCAUAAGAUCGAGGCUCUUCAGGAGCACGGAGUUAGCGUCACUACUAAUCCAUCCAAAAUGGGAGAGCUCAUGCACCAGGUCAUGAUUGACAGAGGUCUGUUCUAAU